CGCGCGGCCCCGCGCUGCAAAUUUCCACCGGGGAGGGAGAGUGGCUGGAUGCGGAGAGUUUGGAGUUGCUUGCCGCGGAGGGCAGGAAGGGGAGCAGGGCCGGGAAAGGGGGCUGGCGGGCGCUAUAUCUGGGAGUAAGUUUCCAGGAUCAGGAGAGCCUGCACGCUUGCACGCUACUCUGCUCGCCCCCCCCUCUCACCCCCCAAGCGGAGUCUGGUCUUGUCGGAUUGCCCAUGCACUUGUUGCAGAAACAGCCAAGGCCCUGGCUCUCUCGGAUACUGAAGGAGGAAGACAUGGAAGCAGGACAACCCUGAACAAUUAAGCCUCUUAAUCCUGAAACAGAACCAGGCCUCCCCUUCCCACCUGCCCAGAAGCAUGAGAGCAGCAUGACUGGCCAGCUGCAGGAGAAGCCCCCAGAGCCAGGCCCCCAACUCAACCAUCUGCUGCGGAGGUCAAGGUGUGCGCGGCAUCUCUGCACCACGGCAGUGUUUGGUCCGUACCUCGGCCCGCGUGAUGAUGUCAAGCCCCCCGCUCUGCACAUGAGUGGUACAGGCCAACAGGAACAUCUGGCUGCAGCCACGCUCACAGACAUGUCAGCCGUGGAAUAGUGUGGACGCCUUCUCUCAGCUUCUCAGGGUUUCAGUCCUUUUGGGUUUGUUUCAUUGACCUUUUUUUUUUUUUUUAUGGUUUUGUGGCUGGACGUUCCCGGCCAAGGCAGGCGCCAUGGGGGAUCAGCAACUCUACAAGACCAAUCACGUGGCCCACAGUGGUGAGAACCUUUUUUACCAACAGACCCCACUUGGCAUCCAUGGCGGGCUGAACCACAACUAUGGGAAUACAGUCACAGGGGCUGGAAUGGAGGCCCCUCAGGCGUCACCCAUCUCCCCCCACUUCCCUCAAGAUACUCGGGAUGGUCUAGGCUUGCCUGUUGGCUCCAAAAACCUGGGCCAAGUGGAUACCUCGAGGCAGGGAGGGUGGGCAGGUCAUACCGGGCCUGGAAACCACGUCCAGUUACGCGGCAACCUGACCAACUCAAACAUGAUGUGGGGGACCCCGGCCCAGCCUGAGCCCACCGAUGGCUACCAAUAUACCUACUCCCAGGCCAGCGAGAUCCGGACCCAGAAACUCACCAGCGGUGUCCUGCACAAGCUAGACUCCUUCACCCAGGUGUUCGCCAACCAAAACCUGCGAAUUCAGGUCAACAAUAUGGCCCAGGUGCUGCACACCCAAUCGGCAGUGAUGGAUGGGGCCCCUGACAGUGCCCUCCGCCAGUUGCUGUCCCAGAAGCCCAUGGAGCCCCCAGCGCCGGCUCUUCCUGCUCGCUACCAGCAGGUGCCCCAGCAGGCUCAUCCUGGUUUCCCCAGCGGGCUGUCCAAACCAGCCCUGCAGGUAGGGCCACACGCCAGCCAGGGGCACCUGUAUUACGACUACCAGCAGCCGCUGGCUCAGAUGCCAGUGCAGGGAGGACAGCCACUGCAGGCCACCCCAAUGCUGUCCCAGCACAUGCAGCAGAUGCAGCAGCACCAGUAUUACGCGGCAGCACCGCCACAGGCUGGGCAGCAGCACAUGCCCCUGCAGGACCUGCCGCAGCCGCCACCGCCGCCGCAGCCCCGCCCGCCGCAGCCUCAGCAGCCCCAACAGCAGCUGCAGCAGCGGCAGGGUCCGAUGCAGAUACCUCAGUAUUACCAGCCCCAACCCGCGAUGCAGCACUUGCAAGAGCAGCCUCAGCAACAGCAGCAGCAGAUGCACCUGCAGGCACCCUCUUAUCACAGGGACCCCCACCAGUACGGCCCGGAGCAGGCGCACGCUGUCCAGCUGAUCCAGCUGGGCUCCAUGCCCCAGUACUACUAUCAGGAGCCCCAGCAGCCCUACAGCCACCCCCUCUGCCAGCAGAGCCACCUGCCCCAGCACCAGCAGCGUGAGGACAGUCAGCCCAAGACCUACCCGAGUGACAGGCAGGCCCAGGCCAUGCUGAGCUCCCACGGUGACCUGGGGCCUCCUGAUGCAGGAAUGGGAGACCCAGCAAGCUCGGACCUGAACCGGCUCAGCGGGGCCCUCCCCCACCGGCCGCUCCUGUCCCCCGGUGGGAUCCACCUCAACAGCGUGGGGCCUCAGCACCAGCAGCUGUCUCCCAGUGCCCUGUGGCCCCAGAUGCACCUACCUGAUGGCAGAGCCCAGCCAGGGUCCCCCGAGUCAAGUGGCCAACCAAAAGGAGUGUUUGGGGAGCAAUUUGAUGCCAAGAACAAACUGACGUGCUCCAUCUGCCUGAAGGAAUUCAAGAGCCUACCUGCCCUGAAUGGCCACAUGCGGUCCCAUGGGGGAAUGAGAGCCUCCCCCAGCCUCAAACAGGAGGAAGGAGAGAAGGCCCUGCCGCCUCAGCCUCAGCCUCAGCCCCAGCCUCCACUGCCACCUCCGCCGCCACCGCAGCUCCCUCCCGAGGCAGAAAGCCUCACGCCUAUGGUCAUGCCCGUGUCUGUCCCUGUCAAGCUUCUCCCGCCCAAGCCAGGCUCUCAGGGCUUCGCCAGCAGCAUCGUUGCCGCCCCCUCCGCCAGAGACAAGCCAGCCAGCUCGAUGUCGGACGACGAGAUGCCCGUGCUCGAAAUCCCCAAGAAGCAGCAGCCCGGCGCGGCCAAAGCCGAAGAAGCCCUCAAGAGCUUGCCGGAGAAGAAAAAGUUCCGGCACCGGCCCGAGCCGCUCUUCAUCCCGCCACCGCCCUCCUACACCGCCAACCCCGCCGCCUCGUACUCGGGCGCCACCCUGUACCAGAGCCAGCUGCGCUCCCCGCGCGUCCUCGGGGACCACCUGCUGCUGGACCCCGCCCACGAGCUGCCCCCCUACACGCCCCCGCCCAUGCUGAGCCCGGUGCGCCAGGGCUCGGGGCUCUUCAGCAACGUGCUCAUCGCGGGGCACGGCCCCGGCGCCCACCCGCAGCUGCCCCUCACGCCCCUGACGCCCACGCCGCGGGUGCUGCUGUGCCGCUCCAACAGCAUUGAUGGCAGCAACGUGACAGUCACCCCAGGGCCUGGAGAGCAGACCAUUGAUGUUGAACCACGCAUCAACAUUGGCUUGAGGUUCCAAGCAGAGAUCCCAGAACUUCAGGAUGUCUCUGCCUUGGCCCGGGACACACACAAGGCCACACUGGUAUGGAAGCCCUGGCCAGAGCUGGAAAACCAUGACCUCCAGCAAAGAGUGGAGAAUCUCCUGAAUUUGUGCUGUUCAAGUGCGUUGCCUGGUGGAGGGACCAAUUCUGAAUUUGCUUUGCACUCUCUUUUCGAGGCCAAAGGUGAUGUGAUGGCCGCCCUGGAAAUGCUGCUGCUGCGGAAGCCGGUCAGGUUAAAAUGCCAUCCUUUAGCAAAUUACCACUAUGCCGGUUCGGACAAGUGGACUUCCCUAGAAAGAAAACUGUUUAAUAAAGCACUAGCCACUUACAGCAAAGACUUUAUUUUUGUACAGAAGAUGGUGAAGUCUAAGACAGUGGCUCAGUGUGUGGAGUACUACUACACGUGGAAAAAGAUAAUGCGCUUGGGGCGGAAACACCGGACACGCCUCGCAGAAAUCGAUGAUUCUGUGGUGAGUGAAGCUGCUCAGUCGCUGCUUAUGCGGGCCCCGCUCCCGCCCCACACCCAGACGAGUGAAGAAGAAGAAGAGUUAGAGGAGGAGGAGGAGGACCCAGAAGAAGAUAGGAAAUCCACGAGAGAAGAGGAGAGCGAAGUGCCCAAGUCUCCCGAGCCGCCGCCAGGCCCCGUGCUGGCUCCCGCGGACGGGCCGCCCCUGCACGCCCUCAGCCAGCCCUCCGGCUCCUUUAUCUGUGAGAUGCCCAACUGCGGGGCUGACUGUAGAUGUCAUGUCACUCCCUUUCUUCCCCAGGUGUUCAGCUCCCGACAGGCACUGAACGGCCACGCCCGCAUCCACGGUGGCACCAACCAGGUGACCAAAGCCCGGGGGGCCACCCCCUGUGGGAAGCAGAAGCCGGGCAGCACCCAGAGCGGGUACUGCUCAGUGAAGAGCUCCCCCUCUCAUAGCACCACCAGCAGCGAGACAGACCCCACCACCAUCUUCCCCUGCAAGGAGUGCGGCAAAGUCUUCUUCAAGAUCAAAAGCCGUAAUGCGCACAUGAAAACACACAGGCAGCAGGAGGAACAGCAGAGGCAAAAGGCUCAGAAGGCAGCUUUUGCCGCCGAAAUGGCCGCCACUAUCGAGAGGACCGCGGGGGCGCCGGGGCUGCUGCCCCUGGACCAGCUGAGCCUGAUCAAACCCAUCAAGGACGUGGACCUCCUCGAUGGCGACGUGGUCCAGCAGUUGGGAGGCGUCAUGGAAGAGGCUGAGGUCGUGGACACGGAUCUCCUCUUGGAUGACCAAGAUUCGGUUUUGCUUCAGGGUGACGCGGAACUAUAAAGCCCCGCUUGUCACGCAGAGACAGCCAGCACCCACGGCCUCCGUCUUCGUUAAUCAGGAAACCCGGACUUCCUGCUCGCUUUGUAACCAUUUUAAACUACCUGUUUAAAAAAGUGGUCGUUUCAUUCAGGUUUAGGAAAAAAAAAUUUUUUUUUUCAGUUUCUUUUCCUUUUAUUUAAAAAAAAUCAAUGUUUCUGUGGGAGGUUGGAGGGAAUAAAUAAUUGGCACAACUCUAUUUAAGAGGUGUUUCAUCUGGGCUACAUUCCUACGAACUCAUUCCUGGCAGGGAAUAAACCUGACCUUCAAUGUUCUUUUGCUUUCAGAUGUCAACCAUCCUUGCUGCCUUUGAUCCCAAAGCUUGCCGUGAGCGUGUGGAUGCGUGUGCGUGUGUGAAGCAGGCUACCCUCUUCGUGUUGGGGCCUUGGGCCAUCCUUUCCCACUAAGAGUUAUUUUUGUUCUGUUCUGACCUCAUUCUGUGGUUUGCAGUGAACCCGGAGUCUCUGCCAGGAGAUUCUGUGCUAAGGGGUAACUUUCCAGUGAGCAAAAAGCAAGCCCUCGUGUGACACGGCUUUCCUCUAGCACAUACGCCAUUUGGAAAGUUGACCAAAUGUGAAAAUAAGUUUUCUCCCUGCCUUGCCUGUGUCCGUUGGCCUGUUUCCAGGAGUACUGUACAAUUUCAGGCUUUCACUCCAAUGCCCUGCUUUACGGAGGACCUGGUUCCUAGAGCAAGUGCGUCCUCUUGCCUGCUCCCCGGGGAACUAGUUGGUUCCGAUUCGUGGAUUGGCAGAGUCAUGUCCCAGCUUGAGCCAUCUAGAGGAAAACAACCCCAACCAUGAAGUUGCCAGGGCUGUUUAGGGAGAGUGGUUGAGGGGCACACAUUCUGGAACACCAAGAAGUGUUCUUUUGCCCCAAAACUACAGACUGGAAGAGCCCCUUUUUUGCAACACUGUUAAUGGUCCGUGGAGUUCUGGAAUUACUUUGUACCACUUGGAAGUACUGUGAAACUUCAUUCGCUGGGAUUUUGCUGUCAUUCACCUUUGCUGGACCGUUUCCUAACCAAUUUAAUAGCAAAUACAAGUGAAAUAGCAUUAAAGACCAACAAUAAUGGUUUCAGAUACCACUCUAGCUACCAAUAUUUGCAUUCAAACAAGGAAUGUAUUCAUUCAAGUCAUUUACCAAAGCACUUCUAGAAUUCUCCAAGCUACAGAACUCUGCUCUGCUUCUUCCUGUCCCUAUAGCAGGGUUGCUGUUUGUACUUGAAGGUAGUAAGCCUGUAAUCCUUCAAAAAUGGCAUUUAGCUCAGGCUUUUGAGCUGAGUCAGACUGCCCCCUCCCCCGUUGGGGCAAAUUAGCUCGUGUCUUCAGACUGGGACGCAGCCCAGCAGAGAGGACUGCCCCUGGAGGCCUUCCCUUGAGCAUUAAUGCUGCCUGACUCCCGGAAGGAGGGCUUUCAGGCCUUGCCCCACCCCAGGUAGGCUGGUUCCCCCAGCUGGUGUAGGUGUAGCCCAUCGUGCCAGGCUACUCCGCGGGCACAUUAAUUAAUAGCUUGACAUUAGAGAGAAUGUCAGCAGAAGUAUGAGGACAGGACCUGAGCAUCUUUGAAGUUUGACUCUGGCAGAAGCAUUUUAGCACACACUGCAGCCCACCCCGGCUCCGCAGAGGCAGUGUUCUCUGAAUCUCAGGAAAGCCACGGACGGAAGAUAAAUAUAAAGGUUCUUUUCGUUUCCAUCAUUCUGUUUUCAGAAAAAAAGUUCUUGGCAGUUUCAUUCAUCCUUUCUUAUAAGGCAAAAAGAAAGGUUUUAUUUGCUGCCAUUUUAGACAGGUUAUUCUCUCGUCUGUUUCGAGUUAGAACUGCCUAGGCAGUGUGCAUCAACUCUGUGGCAGAAUUGUUCCAGAACCAUUCCGUAAGAUCAGCUGAUUUGAUUGCGUCUGUCCCGGUGACUGCUUCCCCCUGCGUGUGCCGGCGUCUGAGAGUGAUUCUGGAAUGGUUCCGCUAUCGGGUCUAUGAAAGCUUAUCUAUCAAAGGAGCAAACACCCAGAAACAUGUUUAUAAAGCAAAUGUACUUGCUGUGUUUGGAGACUUGCCCAGCCGUUCCAGUUUUAAACAUUAAAAAUAAACUGAGUUGCCAAGGCAAAAAAUGUAAUGCACAAUUUAAUUUUGAUUUUUCAUGCAGUAUAAUGUAAGCAUCUUUGACUUGAAAUAACCAAAGAACUCCUCCUUAACGAGACAGUUCAAAUUCCUGAAGAAGUAUUUCUUGACAAUAUCAACUUAAAGAAUUGACUUCAUGGUAAAAUAUUGCACUUAUUUUCCUUCUGCAAUGAUUCUGCCUGCAUGUAUGUGUUCUGUUUUUGCUUCUCUCACCCUCCCCGCCCCAAAGAACUUCUCUUCCUAAAGAUUAAUGUCUUCAACACCGUUACUGUUUACUAUCAGAUGGUUUUUCAUUAGUGAAUUUAGACCUCUUUGAGAAAGCUUGUAUAUAAAAAGUUAACAGAUAUAUUUUAUGGAAAAACCCAUCUUAUUUUCAAAUAUAUUUAACUGCUGUUAUAUUUUAUUAGAGGAAGGUUGUAAAUAUUUUCUAGGAGUUCUAUUGUAAAGAAAAGUAUUUUUGAAAAAAAUUAAUGUAAUAAAAACGAAAACAUUUUUAAAUAGUGUUGUGAUUGCUUCCUGUUCUGGCUUCGUUAUGUUCUAUUCUCAGCAAAUGACUUGCAUGCCUUCCCAUUUCAGGAUGUAAUUUAUUCAAGUUUGCACUAUUAUAAGUUGACAUCAUAAUAUUUAGUGUACUUAACUGUAUUUUCCCCGGAAUGCAGGUCCCUUGGUCCGUAUCCAAAGCACUAUGUAUUAGCAUCUUCAUAAUUUUUUCUUUUGUAAUGUGUGUAUUUUUAAUAAGGAUUUUAUGUAACAUUUUGGCAAAGAGAGGGCAGUAUUUUCUAGUGAAUUUUAUAAUACAUUUUGCUAAAAAUGUUUCUUCCUAGGUCAGUUUUUGUUAAGGUGAACCAAAAGUCUUAUUUUACCAGGGGCUUAAAAAAAUAAAAAGUUUGAAGCUUGAAAGCAAAGUUAUAUUUAAACAUCAUAUGUAACAAACAAAUAAAGAUGUUUUAUAGACUUGUCCUAAAAAGGUGCAUUCCUUCAAAAUAAAACAGGCAUUCUAGGUUGGUUUUUUCCCCUAGAGUUGAAAGCAUUUUUUUUUAAAGUUCUCACAAUCCUUUUUUCAGAAAGAGAGCCAGAAGAAUUUCACUUAAAAGGUUCCAGUCAUUAACCUUCUCAGAAAUUUAUUAUAGUUCCUAUAGAUAGGCAUUCAUCAAACAGAGAUGUAACCAAAUAGACACUGUCCUAUUUAUUUGUG